UGUCGCGUUGUUUUGAUCGUGAAGACAUAUCGUUCACUGCAGCGCUGUUCAGAGGAAGACAUGGACGAGUCGUCAGGUGUGACAGACUACCAGCUCUUCAUCAGAUGCUCUUCUCAAACACCAUGCUCGGUGUCCCCGGGCCUGUGUCCAGGGCUCAGUCAGUGUUAUUUGGAGGAGAGAGUGUUUCCAGUGCUGCUGCCUGGACUCGAGGCUCUGCUCGCGCAAGCACUGGAGCACCGCUGCGUCGAGAGGAAAAAGACGGCGUUUAAUGGCUGUGACUUCCUCACUGAAUGGCUGUACAAUAAAAACCCUCGGGCAGAGCGAACACCUACACAUUUCCAUUCAAUUCCUUUCGUGCAGAGCUGGCUUCUUGAACAUCCCAGGCCGCCCAUCCCAGCGUCUCUGCUUCUAACAGACGAGCAAGCUGCAGUGUUGAUCCAGGCUUUCUGGAGGGGAUACAAGGUGCGUGUGCGUCCAGAUGUCCAAGAGUUAAGACAGUGGCAGAGAGAACUGCGGGAAGAAAAUUGUGACAUCAACAAAACAGUUCAAGACUUCUGGGCACGUCAGGAGAACAGAGUUUGGUCGGAGCUGGCUGAACUCGAUGGCAGUGCUGACCAGCAUGUGGAGGCUGGUGUGUCCAUUGAGGUGGUUCCUCCUACACCUCAGAGCAGAGUCCUGUGUACACCAGCACCCCAGAGCGCCUCAGAGAGAAAAGAGCUGCUCAAGCCAAGCCUCUCUUCCCAGCGCACCACCACCUUACAUCAUGCCAACAACAUAACAGAAUGAAGAAUUCACUGCUGUGGCUCUACUUCAGUUUCUCAAACCUGUCCUAGGGACCCCCAAAACAGCACAUUUUGUAUG